AUGGCCUCAACUCUCACCAAACAGUCCCAGAUUCUCAUCGUUGGUGGUGGAACUUGGGGAUGCUCAACAGCCCUUCAUCUCGCUCGUCGAGGCUACACCAAUGUCACCGUUCUUGAUGUUAAUCACAUCCCAUCACCCAUAUCAGCCGGUCAUGAUGUGAACAAACUUGCAGGCGGACUUGGCACUUCUGAUAGCAAAGGUGAAGAUGCAGACUCCAUCUGGAAAGCACUUACGUACGCCGCAGCUCAAGGAUGGCUCCAUGACCCCGUUUUCCAACCAUUCUGCCACAAUACGGGAGCUGUAAUGGCUGGCUCAACACCAAAGUCUAUCAAGCAAUUGGUAGAAGAUGAGAUCGGUGACGACAUCGACCAGUAUACACCUCUCAACACAGCAGAGGAUUUCAGAAAGACUAUGCCAGAGGGUGUUCUGACAGGCGAAUUUCCAGGCUGGAAGGGCUUUUACAAGCCCACGGGCUCUGGUUGGGUUCAUGCUCGAAAAGCUAUGAAAGCUGCUUUUGAAGAGAGCAAGAGACUUGGAGUGAAGUUCAUCACUGGCUCUCCCGAAGGAAAGGUCGAGAGCCUGAUCUUUGAAGAUGGUGAUGUUCGAGGUGCUAAGACAGCGGAUGGUAAGGAGCACAGAGCGGAUCGAACUAUUCUUUCCGCUGGUGCUUCAGCAGAGUUCUUCCUCGAUUUUGAGAACCAGAUCCGCCCUACAGCAUGGACUCUGGGCCAUAUCCAGAUGACGCCAGAGGAAACGAAGCUGUACAAGAACCUGCCACCUCUUUUCAACAUCAACCAGGGCUUCUUCAUGGAACCUGAUGAGGAUCUCCAUCAGCUCAAGAUGUGCGAUGAACAUCCUGGCUACUGCAACUGGGUUGAAAAGCCAGGCUUUAAAUAUCCCCAGUCCAUCCCCUUCGCAAAGCAUCAGGUGCCAAUCGAGGCUGAACGACGCCUGAAGCAGUUUCUGAAAGAUAUCAUGCCUCAGCUUGCAGAUCGUCCACUCGUUCAUGCUAGAAUCUGUUGGUGCGCUGAUACACAGGAUAGAAUGUUUCUGAUCACGUAUCACCCACGACAUCCAUCGCUUGUCAUUGCUUCAGGUGAUUGUGGUACAGGAUACAAGCAUAUCACGUCGAUUGGCAAGUUUAUCUCUGACUGUAUGGAGUGUACGCUUGAGGAAAGGUUUGCAAAGUUUUGGAGAUGGCGACCAGAGAUGUUUACUGAGUUCUGGGGGAAGGAUCCCUUGGAUCGGUUUGGAGCUGAUGAUAAGAUCAUGGAUCUGCCCAAGAGUGACGAGGAGGGAUGGACAAAUAUCAAGAAUUACAACUGA